AUGGCGUGGAGCUCCAGCUCCAAAUCGCAGUCCCCGCCCGAAUUGAACGUCGUGCAACCCUAUCGAAUGCACGUCUCGCAGAAAUAUCUUGACCUCACAAGACAGAAACUCGAAUUGACGCGACUGCCUCGCGAGCCGCGAUUUGCGCAGAACGAAGUCGACUUUGGUGUCGUCAAGCACGAUCUUGAGCCCCUACUCGAUCACUGGCUGGAAAGCUAUGACUGGAGAGCGCAGGAAUUAUACUACAACGACGCGUUGCCUCAAUUCCGAGUGCCCAUCAAUGCAACACGCCUUCACUACGUCCACCAACGAUCCGCCUCUGCCAGCGCAAUUCCCCUCCUCAUCAUUCACGGGUGGCCGGAGAGCUUCAUCACGAGUUCCAAAGUCAUUGACGCGCUGUGCAACCCCAUCACGACUCCGCCUAGGGGCGACGAUUCGAUCCAGGCAUUUCACGUUGUUGUCCCGUCGAUUCCAGGGUUCGCCUUCAGUGAGCCCGUACCGGAAGUUGCCAACAAUAUUCAUGGUACGGCCGAGGUGUUUGACGCGUUGAUGAAGGGGCUCGGGUAUGGUCGGUACAUGAUACAUGGAUCCGGAUGGGGGUUUCGUAUCGCGCGCAUGCUCACCCUCUUGCACCCCGAGAGUUGCCUUGCGCUACACACAGUCAACCCGGAAGUGCCAGCUCCAAGGUCGACUUUCGGUUACCUUACGGAAGACGUGGCAGCAUUCUCCGACCCCAUGUCGAAUCUGUCCCUACACACCCCGGGCUUGACGCCCCCUUUGACGCCGGCACUCAGCAACCCUGUGCGCGACAGACCGCAGACGAGUGCGUAUGCGCUCUGCGACUCACCGAUCGGAUUGAUGGCUCAUAUGCUGGAUGCGAUCCAACCGCCCCGUGCGGCGAACCCUUCGCCCGCGCACAGUCCUGCGACGCUACGGAUACCACCCAGCAUCGCAUCGCCAAUGACUCCACAGAGCGCUGGAGUAUCACCACAAUCAUCCCGCUCUCCACACAGCCCUGCUGGUGAAGCGCCCGCAUACUGGGAUAGCGGCAGCGGCGGCCAACUCGCCAGUCCCUGGUCACCAAUGGCACUUGUCAACUGGACAAUGCUGUACUGGCUGCCGGGGCCGGAAGUGGCACUACGAUGGCUGACCAACUCGAGCCACUUCCUCCCUACGCUGUGGACGGGCUUCAAUAUGUGUCCCAUUGGCGUCACCUUGUUUCGCGAGGCGACGAUGGGCGCAGGCGAGCAUCACACUCCUCCGCAAUGGCUAGAGGCAUAUCACCGAGUGGCCAUGAUCAAGAGGAGGGAAGGCAGAGUCCGUUUCGCUCUGUGGGAACGGCCGGGGGAUGUGGUGUUGGAUAUACGGGAAUUUGCGGGCUUGUUGAACUCUCGGCCGCCGACUGGGCCCAGCAUCACGAAUGGAAUGUGA